UUUCAGUCUCUCCCUCGACCAAAAAUUAUACGCUUUGUUGAUGUGUCUGGAAUAUCGGUCGGGAAGAGACUUAAAAGAUUAUUCAAUUAUUGUUAAAACCUAAUUAAACUCAGAUUAUUUAUGCUACCGUUAAGGCUUCCUUUCUAGCUCUUAUUUGCGUUUGUUGCUUUUCGAGUCCCACGGACACAAUGUCUAAGCGAGGGGCGGAAGACUCCGCCGGAGGAGGUGCCACUCCCGGUAGCGGAGGCGGAGCGCCACCGCCAAUCAAGAAGGUUCACUUCGAACCGCACCUAAUCGGACCCAUUUCGACUCUGGAGGAAAUGGACAUCAAGGUACUCCAGUUCCAGAACAAGAAACUGGCCCAACGCAUUGAACAACGGGUCCGGUGCGAAGCAGAGCUUCGCCAGCGUAUCGAACAACUGGAGAAACGCCAGACGCAGGAUGAUGCCGUGCUGAACGUUGUCAAUCGGUACUGGAAUCAGCUCAACGAGGACAUCCGUGUGCUGCUGCAGCGAUUCGAUGCCGAAACGGCUGACGAGUUCGAGAAUAAGAACGAAAACGAAGUUACAACGUCCUUCUUGAUGCAACUUUCCACCUGGGACAAGGAAGAGCUAGAUGACAAACUGGCAAACCGGGUUCAGGUGUCGAAGCGAGCUGUUGCUAAAAUUGUUCAAGUUUUCGAUCGUCUUAUGCAGCGUAACGAGAAAAUAACGCUGGCAAUGAAAGGCGAAUCUGAUGAUCCGGACGCUCAAGUACCGGACAUUGACGAAACGUUGCGGCAAAGCUACACCGAAGUAAUGGCCGAGAAUCGUAACCUGCAGACCCAGAAUACGUUACUGCACGAGAAGUUCCACACGAUUUCUCUAAAAAUGAGCGAAAUUCAAGAUAUGCUGAAUGGAAAGGAUACGGAAUCAGCUGAACUGAAGAACCAGAUUGACGAUUUGCAAUAUGAGCUGGAGAAGGUACGCUGUAGGAAUGAUAAGUUGGAAAAUCAUCUGGCCGAAGCGAUUGAGAAGCUGAAGGCAUACCAUCAGCUACACGGAGAUAUUUCUAGCUCGGACAAAGACAAACAUUCUUCUUCGACAGCGAGCAGUGCUAAAGGUGGAUCUAUGACCAGUGUCGCCGCGCAACACUUGGAGGAUCUACAGAAAGAACUUGAGGAGUACAAGGAACUGGCCAACAAUCGCCUUCAGGAGCUGGACAAGUUGCAUUUGCAGCAUCGAGAAGCACUGAAGGAGGUGGAAAAGUUGAAGAUGGACAUACGUCAGCUGCCGGAGUCGGUGAUCGUAGAAACUACCGAAUACAAGUGCCUCCAGUCGCAAUUUUCCGUACUGUACAACGAGUCGAUGCAGAUUAAGACCCUGUUGGACGAAAGCCGUAAUCAGCUGCAGACGAGCAAGAAUCAGCAUUUACGACAGAUUGAGAUGAUGGAGAGCGAAGAGUUGAUUGCCCAGAAGCGCGUUCGUAGCGAUAUGAUACAGAUGGAAGAUGUGUUGUCGCAGAUUCGAAAAGAAUACGAGAUGUUAAGGAUUGAAUUUGAACAGAACAUGGCAGCAAACGAACAAACGGCACCCAUUAAUCGCGAAAUGCGGCAUUUGAUAACGUCACUGCAGAAUCACAACGGCCAGCUCAAGGGUGAAGUCCAGCGGUAUAAGAAAAAAUACAAGGAAGUGUCGGCGGAUAACGUGAAGUUGCGGAAAGAAUUGGAAGAGGUGACUGUGAAAUUGACGACGCUGCAGGAACAGCAGCAAGCAGAUAUUAAGAAGGAAAGUGAACAGGCAUCAGCAGCUUCCGGUAUCAAGGAGGAACCGGGAGCAUGUGAUGGAUUAAGUUCAUUGAAGGAUGAAAAUUCCGAUGAUCCUAGUUUAGGGGCGCUUAAAUCGGAGUCUGGGGAGGAAGGUGAUGGCAACGAUCCCAACGGUAUAAAGAAAGAAGAAAUCGGUCCGGAUGGGAAACCGAUUAAGACAGAAGCUCCUGGCACACCGAAAGGCGAAAAAGAUCAACGGGCAAAAAGCGCCGAAUCAGAUUUGGUACGGGACCUGCGCAAUCAAAUCAAGAAAGCCCUGAACGAUCAGAAAGAGAUGAAGCUCCUGUUAGACAUGUACAAAGGUGUGUCGAAAGAACAACGGGACAAAGUUCAACUGAUGGCUUCCGAGAAGAAGAAGUGUGCCGAAAUAGAUGAUUUGAAGAAUCAAAUGAAAAAACUUCAGGAUAGCAAACGAGAAGAUCGAAAGAAGCUAGCCGAUGAGGAAGCGCUGAAAAAGAUUAAACAGCUGGAGGAGCAGAAAUACGAAUUACAGAAGCAGGUUCAGAAUCAAAAGCAGCCAGACAGUGCGUGGAGCGGCGGCUAUAGGCCGUUCGUAGGAUCCCAUGUAGAAGAGGAAGCGCUACUGAACGAGAUGGAAGUGACCGGCCAGGCGUUCGAAGAUAUGCAGGAACAAAACUCUCGUCUGAUUCAGCAGCUGCGGGAAAAGGACGAUGCCAACUUCAAGCUGAUGUCCGAUCGAAUCAAGGCUAACCAAAUGCACAAACUGCUACGGGAGGAGAAACAGGUGCUGGAGGAUCAGGUAACAACCCGCGACAGCCAGAUCGAAGCGAUGCACGUCGUCCUACGGAAACUGGAGGAAAAGGAACGAAUCCUACAGAACACGGUAACCACCAUCGAGAAGGAGUUGGUGGCCCGCCAGCAAGCGAUGGAAAUGCACAAACGGAAGGCCAUCGAGUCGGCCCAGUCGGCCGCAGAUCUGAAACUUCAUCUCGAAAAGUACCACGCCCAAAUGAAGGAAGCACAGCAGGUGGUGGCGGAAAAGACGAGUUCACUGGAAGCCGAAGCGUACAAGACCAAGCGGCUGCAGGAGGAAUUGGCUCAGUUCAAGCGGAAGGCCGAACGUAUGAAGAAGAUCGAAAUGUCCGGCACUACAAUCGACGAGGUCAUGCUCGAGGAAAUCCGCGAGUACAAGGAAACCCUCACGUGCCCAUCGUGCAAAGUGAAGCGAAAGGAUGCCGUACUGUCCAAGUGUUUCCACGUGUUUUGUUACGACUGUCUGCGAACACGGUACGAAACCCGGCAGCGCAAGUGUCCUAAGUGCAACUGUGCCUUCGGGGCCAACGAUUACCAUCGACUUUAUUUGUCAACGUAAGAAAGGUUAGUCUGCGAAACGGUGUUUUCUAACAAGCUCAUUAUUAUUUAUGAAUGCAUAGAUAUUUUAGUUUUUUUCUUUUUUUUUUGUUUCUGUUUCUUCAAGCAAAUUAUGUUUUACAUUAUUUGAACAAUUCUAGUUUGAGCUAAACUAUUCAACAACGUGUCGGAAAGUUGAUGAAAUCAAAAUUGUCUACUCCUUCUAUUGACAAUGGGAAAUAUCUCCUUUUUUAGAGAUAUGAUAGUGUUCUUAAUGUUAAAAAAAUAAAAUACAUUCGACAUUUGUUCUCGAAUGUGCGCCAAAACAGCGUACAGUCGCGAGUACUGUUUCCAUAGCUGUGACCGGUAUUAAGCUUUUGUAUCAUCCAUGCUAAGUGAUAGUCUAAUGAAUUACAUUUGUAGCGUAACUUAGAAUUCAAAUACUAUCAAAUUUCCUUGUUUAGGAAGUAUUCAUUUCGAAGCAUUUUUGAAUAACAACAAAAACUCAACACCCGAAGAAUCAAUCAAUCACGACUACCCGAACUGUUUUAUUAUUUAAUAAUCAAAACUGCAUAGAUAAAUAAAUCCAUUGAACAGAAAA